AGUCCAGAGUCAUCUGGCAACCCAGCUCAACCCAGCUGGGCGACUGUAGGCUACCACGAUUGCUCAAGACGCUCAAAUGAACAAAAAUGAAUCAUUAAGCAGAUAUGGGCCUCUCGUCGGUGCGAUCGACGAGGGGACGAGCAGCGCAAGAUUUUUGGUUUUUGCAGCUGAUACAGCAGAAGUGUUAACGUAUCAUCAAGUAUCAAUACCACAGAUAUGUCCAAAAGAGGGAUGGGUUGAACAAGAUGCUUUAGAGAUAUUGAGAGCAGUUAGAGAAUGCCUCAAGCAAACCGUAUUUAACUUGAGGCAGUUGACGAUAGAUCCAGCUGAUAUAGUUGCAAUUGGUAUAACAAAUCAAAGGGAAACUACAGUUGUAUGGGAUUCUGUAACAGGAGAACCACUUUACAAUGCUAUAGUAUGGAUGGAUAUGAGAACAACAUCCAUUGUAGAUGAUAUAUUGAAGGGUAUACGCAAUAAAAAUAAGAAUUACUUGAAGCCACUUUGCGGAUUACCAAUUAGUCCAUAUUUUAGCGCAUUAAAAUUGAAAUGGUUGUUAGAGAAUGUACCUCGAGUUCAAGAAGCAUUAGCUGCUAAACGUCUCAUGUUUGGUACCAUUGAUUCCUGGCUAAUUUGGAAUCUAACUGGUGGUGCCAAUGGUGGUGUACAUAGUACAGAUGUGACAAAUGCUUCGAGAACAAUGUUAAUGAAUAUUGUGACAUUGAAAUGGGAUCCUACUCUAUUAUCAUUUUUUAAAAUACCUUCUGAAAUUUUACCUGAAAUACGAAGCUCUUCUGAGAUUUAUGGUUAUGUACAAGACGAAUUGUUGCAGGGUGUUCCUAUAUCAGGGUGCUUAGGUGAUCAACAAUCAGCUUUAGUAGGUCAGAUGUGUCUACAGCAAGGACAGGCAAAAAGUACUUAUGGCACUGGCUGCUUUCUUCUUUACAACACUGGAACAGCUAUUGUGGAUUCGUCCCAUGGUUUAUUAACGACAGUCGCUUAUCAAUUAGGAGCGCAUGCUUCUCCCGUGUAUGCUCUUGAAGGUUCUGUAGCUAUUGCAGGUGCCGUUGUACAGUGGUUGAAAGAUAAUCUUGAAAUACUAACUAAUAUAAAAGACUGUGAAACCAUUGUCGAGCAAAUGCCGGUAGGGCCCAAUCACAUUGUUUUUGUACCAGCAUUUGCUGGAUUAUAUGCUCCAUAUUGGAGGAAAGAUGCGCGAAGUGUCAUAUGUGGUAUUAGUGAAGAUACAACUAGUGCACAUAUUGUAAAGGCAGCUUUACAAGCGGUAUGCUUCCAGACAAGAGACAUUUUAGAAGCUAUGAAGGAAGAUACUGGUUUGAUGCUAACAAAGCUGUUAGUUGACGGUGCAAUGACAAAUAACGAUGUAUUAAUGCAAAUGCAAGCUGAUAUCUGUGGCAUUCCAGUGAUUAGACCAUUAAUGUGUGAAACUACUGCACUUGGAGUCGCAAUUGCUGCGGGUAGUGCAGAAGGAAUACGAAAAUGGGAUGUGAAGAUUGAUGCUGCUAUUCCCUCUGACAUCUUCUUACCAUUAAUAACUGAGAAUGAACGUGACAUUUUAUAUUCCCAGUGGAAAAUAGGUAUUGAUAAAAGUUUAGGUUGGGAGCCACUCCCAGAAAUAAGUGAUGAUACACAGGAUAUACAUAAAGCUACUGCGCCCGGUGUAUUUAUGAUUGGUACCAUAAUACUACUUAUGGUUGCUAAAUAUAGAUCUAUUUAA